AUGAGUGAGUGUCUAAAGCUUCUAUAUGACCUAUCCCAAAUGUCUGAGCCAUUAAACAUCAGCAUUCUCAAGCAUUUCUUUACACAGUUUAACCCUUCCAGCUCCAAGUCGCUGCACGAGACCAUCCGGUUUUUCAACAUGAAGGAACUCGAAUCAUCUGAUUACCGCUCUGCAUACCAUCAAUUCUGUGACUGGCUAUAUGGCUGGAGCGUAUCAGAUGCGACAGACUAUGCAGAUUUGACUGCCUCCCCAUCGGAUUAUUUUCGACAACGACGUGUUCCUCGAGAUAUUGAUAUGAAGCUGGAGCGUGAACGAGCCGAAGCCAUACGGCUCAUGAAAACAUUCGAAACGCUCUGUUCACUUUCGAGACGCAGUUUGAAAAAGUUUUACAUGGAUAUUGAAGCCGAAAUACCUCGAUUGGGCCAAGGACUAGAUACAUUCACCAACAAAACCAACAAAGGCGAUAGUCAGCAUGAAAGUGAUGGUGGCAUGGAUGACACAGAGCCAGUGGAUGAUGUCGGUUCUGAAAGUGUAUGGGCUUUUUCAAUCAAUAACAAUGAGCAUAAUCCGCUCUUGGGUCGAAACGGCAUUGGAAUCACAGAUGACCGCCAAAAGGACGAUGGAGAGAAUAGUGAUGAAUGCAAUGAGAGUCAGACAGAGGAUGACGAUCACGAUACUGAUGAAGACAAUCAGAAUGUGGUUAUAAAUAGCGGCAUGAAAGUCCGGCGUCGCAGCAAAGUGGGAUUCGAAUUAGUAAAGCACAGCGAUAAUGUAGGGAAAAGGCUAGCAGAUACUAUUGAUGACGAGUAUUUAGAAACGAAUCUAGAACUUGCAGACAGCAUUGACAAGACCAUUUCAAAUUCUGGAAAGACUAGUGAAUCUGUUGCAAAGCCAAAAAACACCAACGAAACUUUGGAUUCUCUGGAUCAUAAAAGUUUAUCAAACCCAAAUUCAGGAUUGUCGUUGGCAGAUAAAGUUGAUUCAUUUAAAGACAGACUGGAUGCACGAGAAACUGCGGGAAAAAUCAACCAAGGUGGAUUCAGUUUUAUGCAGUCCCAGGAAUUGGGUAAAUCAGCAAAUGAUGCAUUUGCUAUAGGUAUGCCAGCUUUAAUAAGUGGAGAUACGUUGGAUGAUGCACGGCGAGCACUACAGCGAGAUGUAAAUCAUGUAUUUGCUGAAGUUGAUCGGUGCACCGAAUACACGUUAGUAUGCAUGACCAGCAUUCUUGUGGUGCUAUCGUUUGCAGAGCUAUUGGGAGAAAAGGAUACAUACUCCAAGCAUUGUAAUCUGGCAAACGAACUAUCGAUUGAUUUUGUGUCGAAUACACUCAAGACUGUAUGGGAUCUGCUCAACAAGGAGAUUCCUGGCGAAGCUACUUUGGCUCUUUUGCGAAAUCCAUACACAUUGCGCGAUAUGCUGAAACGAAUCGUUGGGCUUCGCGAACAGAUAGCGCAUGCCCCAAAGAACAAGAUACGAAGACUUUACUUGAAGUUUCUAUCGCUUCAUGAUAUUUUUAGAUCCACUGAUAUCCAUAUAUUUCCCAACUUUAUAUCAGCCCAUAAAGAAGGCGCUAAAUGUGCUGUAUUUUCGGCAUUUGACAGCUCAUUGUGGCUUACAGGCGGAUACGACUGUGUGAUUCGAAUUAGUGAUAUUAGAAGUGCAAACAAUCAUAUUUGUUUGGCACAGUAUAUUGGACACAAGUCUAUCAUUACCGACGUGCACUUUACCAAAAAAGAUUCUCAAAUCGUUUCGUCUUCAUUUGACCGAACUAUCAAGAUUUGGAAUGCUCAGCAAGCCACUGUGGAGAAAACUCUUGUUGGCCACACUGAUGCAGUAACAUCUUGUGAUGUUAGUGUUGAUGAAAGAUAUAUUGCUUCUGGAUCUACAGAUAGUACGGUGCGAUUUUGGGAUUAUAAUACUGGCGAGUGCAUCACAAUUAUUCGCAAGCAUACACGCUGGGUCAAAGUUGUUAGAUUCUCAUCAGAUGGUCGUCAUUUAGCAACUGCCGGGUUGGAUAGACGAGUAUAUAUCUGGGACAUUAAAAUUCUUGCCAACUCGCGAUCUCCAACUCAUUCACGGUGCAUUGAUUCGUUUGGAGACUAUGUGCUGGACAUGGCCAUGUGUAAAUCAUCGCUGCUGCUUACUACUUCACGAGACUCUACCAUUCGACUGUUUAAUUAUAUGUCUGGACACGAGUUGCAUUCAUUUAGCCUUGCUCCAUCAUGGGCAUGUAGUGUCUGUUUUUCAAACAAUGGCGAGUAUUUUGCAACAGGCUCUUUUGACAACAAUAUUAUUAUUUUUCGCACACAUGAUUUUGCCAAGAUGAGAGAGAUCAGAGCCUUCAACUUGGGUAUCAUGUGUGUCCGAUUUCCCAGAGAUAUGAGCUAUGUAGUUGUUGGAACUACAGAGGGAUUUGUCCAGCAAAUUCCAUUAUAG